AUGACAUCUCUGGGCUCCCAGCUCUGCUGGGUAGCAUUCCUGACAGCCCUCCUACUGCUGCUGCGGGUGAAGGGGAUGAAGUCUCAGAAGGGCAGCGCAGACACGGAUGAGGGGAAGCAGAAAGAGAAAAUGGCUUCUGCAGACCAGAACCAAGAGCAGUUUGAAGAACACUUUCUGGCUUCCUCGGUGGGUGAACUGUGGCAGGUGAUGGACAUGGCCCAGCAAGAGGAGAACAUGACAUCGAAGGCAGCAGCUGUCCGAGACCACCUUUUUGAUCUAGCCUUCUGCUUUAACAUGGCCAGCAUCAUGGUUUUUUUAUAAGAGACAUUGAGGCUGAGGUGGUGGCCUGGUUCCUGAAUGAAAACCUGAACGUCUGCCUGCGCUUCAUAAUUGCUCACUGACCUCUUCCCCCCAGUGGGCUUCAGGUCACUACUCCCAAAAAGGACUCAAACACCACUCCCCACCUCUUAUCAUUGGUACCUAGACUCGGUGCAGCAACAGAGACUGCAGUUGCCAUCGCCACUGCCUGAUUGCCACCCCACGCCCAGAGUUUCAUCUCCCACCGCCAGAGACAUCACACCAGACCUACACCCUUCUGU